AUGGCUGAAAGUAAAGGUGCGCUAAUCGCGAAAACAGUGCAAAAACAUGCCGGACGUGCGAAGGAAAAGUUUCUUCAAAACCUGGGCAAGGUAGAUCGCACACUCGACGAUAUAUUCGAGGAACACCUCCAGAACUUCAACAGGCAACACCAGCAAGCGACUCGACUGCAGAAGGAAUUCAAUAAUUACAUAAGAUGUAUACGAGCGGUUCAAACGGCCUCCAAAACUUUGAUGGAAGCAAUAACCGAGGUGUACGAAAGCGGAUGGUCAGGCCACGAUCUUCUAUACGUGCAAGCUCAGAACCUGGAGAUGUUGUGGCAGGACUUCUCGCACAAGCUCGGCGACCAAGUGCUCAUACCUCUUAAUACGUACACCAACCAGUUCCCUGAAUUCAGGAAAAAGAUAGAAAAACGCGGCCGUAAAUUAGUGGACUACGAUGGACAAAGGCACAGCUUCCAGAACCUGCAGUCGAACGCGGCGAAAAGAAGGGACGAUGUUAAGGUGACAAAAGGUAGGGAACAGCUGGAAGAAGCUAAACGAACGUAUGAGAUCCUAAAUUCUGAGCUGCAUGACGAGCUGCCGGCGCUGUACGACUCGCGAGUUUUGUUCUACGUCAACAACCUGCAGACCCUCUUCUCGGCUGAACAGCUGUUCCACUCGGAAAGUCACAAGGUGUUCGGCGAGCUGGAGGCGAUCACGGACAAGCUGGCGACGGAGUGCCAGCGCGGCUCGUACAGCAAGAAGCUGCCCGCCAACAACGUGUCGCCCGCCGCCUCGCCCGGCGCCACGCUCAACAACAACAUCAACGGGGGCUCCGCCCACCCGCCCUCCGACACGCUGCAGACCCCCCCCUCCCCCCCGCGCACGCCGAACGGCGCCGCCCCCGCGCCGCCCGCGCCGCGCGCCGACAAGCCGCUGCCCGCGCCGCCCGCCGCCGGCACCACCACCCCCACCCCCACCCCCACCGACGACACCGCUCCUGCCAACGACACCGCUCAGACCAACAACAACACUCCCACCAACAACAAUAAUAACAAACUCGUCGCCGAAAAAGAAGACACGAAAAAGGAAGAAGCGAAAGAAGAAGAAAUCAAAAAAGUAGAAACUAAAGAAGAGGAAACGAAGGAAGCGAAAGAGGGUAGCGACAAGAAAGUUGAAGAACUCUAUGAUAUACCAGUCGGGUCACCGGUACCACCUGAGAAGUCAAAUAAUAGCGACGAAAAGAGACAACAAGUUGACUCUGAGCCGAGAGAGAAAGGGACGGAUGACAAGCAGGAUGAAGUCUACGAUAUACCUGUCGGGGCGACGCUGGCGGGGCUGCCGGCCGGCGCGCUGUACCGCGUGCGCGCCACGUACCGCUACACGCGCGAGGACUCCGACGAGCUCAGCUUCGACGUGGGCGAGAUCAUUCGCGUCGUCGAGUACGACGAUCCCGACGAGCAGGAGGAAGGCUGGCUGAUGGGUAUAAAAGAAACGACCAAUGAAAAGGGCAUGUUCCCCGCGAACUUCACGCGGCCAAUAUGA